UCGCUAGCAGGAGUAUUUCAUUUUCCACAGAAAGCGGCAACGCUGUGAACAAAAAAAAAUGCUGCUGUUCAGAGCAAUAUCUUUGUUAUAUACAAAAUCUUUGGUUCUUUUUUUCAUUUCUUCCACUUUAGCAUAUUCCCCACCUUCACGGGACAUAUGCAGCCCUGAUCCAGAGUUUGGAGAAUACUGCCCGACAACAUGUGGAAUUGCAGAUUACUUGCAAAAAUACAAACCAGAAGCUGACAGAGAACUGAGUUACCUGGAAAACACCUUAAAUCAGAUCUCAAAUUUAACUACAGGAGCACACGAAAAAGCGAACUACAUAAGGGAUUCUAGCAUCUCCGCAAGGAAAUCUGCUCCACAGGAUCUAUAUUUGAAAAAAUCCAACACCAUGCUGGAUGAUAUUCUGAGAUUUGAGAAGAGUAUUAUUUCCCAAGAAUCUCAAAUGUAUGAGCUGCAAGAUUUAUUACGAGCAAAUGACCAGAGAAUGGUGCAGCUUAAACAGAUGGCUGUCCAGCUCGAGCAAAGAUGUCAAGAACCAUGCAAAGAUACUGUCACGAUUCAAGAAAUCACAGGAAAAGAUUGUCAGGAGGUUGCUAACAAAGGAGCGAAAGUCAGCGGUCUGUACUUCAUCAAACCCACAAAAGCUAAACAGCCGUUUUUGGUUUACUGUGAAAUCGACAGAAAUGGCAAUGGCUGGACAGUUAUUCAAAAGAGGCAAGAUGGCAGUGUGAACUUUACCAAAAACUGGAUUCAGUACAGGGAAGGAUUCGGAUACUUGUCUCCUACUGGAAAUAGUGAAUUCUGGCUUGGCAACGAGAAAAUACAUCUGCUUUCCACCCAGGCCUCUGUUCCAUACAUCCUCAGGAUGGAGCUGAAAGACUGGAAUGGCCAAACUAAGAAUGCAGACUACGCUAUGUUCAAGGUGGGACCAGAGGCAGACAUGUACCGCCUGACCUAUGCUUAUUACUUCGGAGGUGAUGCUGGAGAUGCUUUUGAUGGUCACGACUUCGGAGAUGACCCCAGCGACAAGUACUUCACCUCCCACAAUGGAAUGCAGUUCAGUACCCCAGACGCAGACAAUGACAAAUACCCGGGUAACUGCGCCCAGCAAGACGGCUCCGGCUGGUGGAUGAAUAGAUGCCACGCAGCUCAUCUCAAUGGCAAAUACUACCAACGUGGAGUGUACACAGCUGAAGAUUCUCAACCAAGUGGUUUUGAUAAUGGAAUAAUUUGGGCAACGUGGCAUGACCGCUGGUAUUCCCUAAAAGAAACUACAAUGAAAGUCAUUCCCAUCAACAGAAUCGGCAUGGCAGGAGGGCAGCAGCAUGGUGUGAAAGAUUUCGGUGGUCUGGGAGACAUCUAAAGGGACACUUUGUUUCCGUUCAGUGUAAACAACCACUUUCUCCCUUGUAAUAUGCCAACUUUUUCUUUAAAAAGGGUUUUCAAUAAAA